GCAUCCCCAUCCUUCACUGGCAGCAGCUCUCUCUUCUCUCUGCUGACUUGCCCACGCUCUUACCAACCGCACCAACAUGGCCACCUGCAGCCGCCAGUUCACCUCCUCCAGCUCCAUGAAGGGCUCCUGUGGCAUCGGUGGUGGUUCUAGCCGCAUCUCCUCCGUCCUGACUGGAGGAUCCUGCCGUGCUCCCAGCACCUAUGGGGGCCUGUCAGUCAGCUCCUCUCGCUUCUCCUCUGGGGGAGCCUGUGGGCUUGGGGGUGGCUAUGGCUUCAGCAGCAGCAGCAGCUUUGGUGGAGGCCUCGGUGGUGGUUUUGGGGGAGGCAUUGGUGGUGGUAUUGGGGGAGGCCUUGGUAGUGGUUUUGGGGGAGGCCUCGGUAGUGGUUUUGGUGGUGGCGUUGGUGAUGGGCUCCUGGUGGGCAGUGAGAAAGUGACCAUGCAGAACCUCAACGACCGCUUGGCCACCUACCUGGACAAGGUGCGUGCCCUGGAGGAGGCCAACGCUGACCUGGAGGUGAAGAUCCGUGACUGGUACCAGAGGCAGCGGCCCACUGAGACCAAAGACUACGGCCCCUACUUCAAGACCAUCGAGGAGCUGAGGAACAAGAUCCUGGCAACCACUGUGGACAAUGCCAGUGUGGUUCUGCAGAUUGACAAUGCCCGACUGGCCGCUGAUGACUUCCGCACCAAGUACGAGACAGAGCUGAACAUGCGCAUGAGCGUGGAGUCUGACAUCAACGGCCUGCGCAAGGUGCUGGACGAGCUGACCCUGGCCAGAACUGACCUGGAGAUGCAGGUCGAGAGCCUCAAGGAGGAGCUGGCCUACCUGAAGAAGAACCAUGAGGAGGAAAUGGCCUCCAUGAGAGGCCAGGUGGGUGGAGAUGUCAACGUGGAGAUGGAUGCCGCUCCUGGUGUGGACCUGAGCCGCAUCCUGAAUGAGAUGCGUGAUCAGUAUGAGAAGAUGGCGGAGAAGAACCGCAAGGAUGCCGAGGAGUGGUUCUUCACCAAGACUGAGGAGCUGAACCGCGAGGUGGCCACCAACAGCGAGCUGGUACAGAGUGGCAGGAGCGAGAUCUCUGAGCUCCGGCGCACUUUGCAGAACCUGGAGAUCGAGCUGCAGUCCCAGCUCAGCAUGAAAGCAUCCUUAGAGAACAACCUGGAGGAGACCAAGGGCCGCUACUGCAUGCAGCUGGCUCAGAUCCAGGAGAUGAUCAGCAGUGUGGAGGAGCAGCUGGCUCAGCUGCGCUGUGAGAUGGAGCAGCAGAAUCAGGAGUACAAGAUCCUGCUGGAUGUGAAGACGCGCCUGGAGCAGGAGAUCGCCACCUACCGCCGUCUGCUGGAGGGCGAGGAUGCCCACCUCUCGUCCACCCAGUUCUCCUCAUCCUCUCAAUUUUCCUCUGGCUCUCAGUCAUCCAGAGAUGUGACCUCCACCAACCGCCAAAUCCGCACCAAAGUCAUGGAUGUGCAUGAUGGCAAGGUGGUCUCCACCCACGAGCAGGUCCUGCGCACCAAGAAUUAAGGCUGCUAGGCACUGCUCAGGCUUAGAAGGCUCCCGCAUGGACACAGAUACACAGAAAGAGCCCAUCUACUGUCCCUAGACACUUCACCCUUUACUUGACCCUUGUCCCUCCUGGCAAGCAAUAAAGCUUCUUUUUCUGAGUUGCACAAUCACUGUCUCCCUGGUC